AUGAACGAGUACCGUGACUGUGUUGCAAUCAAUUUGUCGGAGUUAGGCUUAGCGACGAACAUUGUUAUGGACAUCAAAGAAUUACCAGAUUUCCGUAAACUCAAACGACAAACCGUACGAGUGCCUUUUCCUAUGCCUAAUCCGGAUGAUCAUUUGGAACAAAUUAGAGAUUGUGAUCUUUUUAUUAUUCUUGAUCUAGCGCAUGGAUAUUUACAAGUUCCGUUGACCGAGGAAGCAAUGCCAAAAACUGCGAUCAUUACGCCAGACGAAACUGUAGAGUAUGCAUUGAGUCGAGCGCCAGUAGGUGAGAGUGAUCAAAUGAAUGAGUAUGGUGUGUUUACAUUAGUGAAUGAGUAUGAUGAAAUUACCAUGAACCAGAAUAGCGAUAAAACGAUAGGACCCAAAGACACGAAAGUGAGUGGAGUGGUACGAGCAUUAGAGAAAUUUGUUCAAGAAUAUGGAGUGCCUUGUAAAAUUAUAUUGGACCGAGGAACGUGCUUCACAUCCAGUCGGUUUGCCGAGUUCUGCAGCGAGCAGGAAAUUCAUCACACGUUGAAUUCUCCACGACAUCCCCAAGCCAAUGGCCAGAUAAAAAGAAUAAACUUUACUCUAAUACCAGUGCUACAAGCGAGUCUACAAGAUAAUGAAGGACGAGAUUGGGACAGUAAACUAUUGGAGGCUCAAAGAAACCUAAAUGAUGCUUCUAAUGCGACGACCAGGAAGAGUGCCUUUGAGUUGCUUUAUGGGUACCAAGCCCGAAGGAAUGAAGGAGAACUACGUAAAGUUACUGAUGAGAGAGAUAUUGUAUACAUAAGAGUUGCUCCAAUCGCUACAAGCGAAAGCACUAGGCUACAGCGAAAGUAUCGAGGACCGCUGGCAGUCACCCAAGUGUUACACCAAGACACUUACAAAGUAGCUGAUCUGCGACAAGAAGAACCGGGUCGACGUUACGCAUCGACUGCCCAUGCGAGCCAAUUAAAGGUAUGGCGACCACAUGAGGAAGACAAUUCGUCUGAGAGCGACGACGGAGAUGUUGACAGCGUGUCUAGCCAAAAGGAGAAACAGAUUCGAGAGCAAGAAGAUGGCGAGACAACAAGAGUACAAGCUGACAACCAACCAGACGCAGAGGAGAGCGAAAUCGAGAACUCGCAGACGCGACGUUUGAAGCGAGAGAGACAAAUGCCUGUACAUCUACGGGAUUAUGAGACACUAUUAUCCAAGGACAA